CAAAUCACAUGGAUCACGUGACUUUUUAUUAAUGCCGACUUGCCGAGGAACUUUUCAAAAUUCUGUCCUUCAACGAGAACGAACGAACGCACGAACGAGAGGCGACGAGACGAAGAAGAAGAUUUUUUCAAAUUGUGUAAUUCUAUCUGGUUUUAAAAAUUGCUGUAGUUAGAAGGUCAAGAUGGUUGCAACAGAAGAGAAUAGUGCGCUAUUCCCGAUCUUCGUCUUGACUGUAAUGGCUCUACCUUUGGUGCCCUACACAGUAUUCAAUUUAUUUCAUGCAUUCUCUAAAGAGAAAAAGAACAUUCACUGCCAGUGCUCUGUAUGCUUAAGUUCUGGAAAGUACCGCCAAUCCAUAUUUAAAAGGAUCUCAAACUUUUCAACGGGUAGUAACCUGACCCUUGUGCUUCUUUGGAUUGUCAUGAUGGUCUUGGUAUACUACAUUAAGCAUAUAAACCAUGAGAUACAAGUGUUUGAGCCAUUCAGCAUUCUUGGAUUGGAACCUAGAGCUUCGGAUUCAGAUAUAAAGAAGGCGUAUAGGAGACUUUCUAUUCAAUACCAUCCCGAUAAAAAUCCAGAUCCAGAGGCUCACAAUUAUUUUGUGGAAUACAUAUCAAAAGCUUACCAGGCUCUGACAGAUCCAGUAUCUCGUGAGAAUUUUGAAAAAUAUGGACAUCCAGAUGGCAGGAAGGGGAUUGAAAUGAGUGUAGCUCUCCCUCUGUUUCUGUUAAAUAUUGAUGGGGCAUCGGGUGGAAUACUUUUACUUGGGAUUGUUGGAGUCUGUAUCCUUUUGCCCUUGGUGAUGGCUGUCAUAUAUCUAUCAAGGUCAUCCAAAUAUACUGGAAACUAUGUCAGGCAUCAAACUAUGUCUGCCUACUACUACUUCAUGAAGCCUUCUUUAGCCCCAAGCAAGGUCAUUGAGGUCUUCACAACGGCUGCUGAAUAUAUGGACAUUCCAGUUCGUCGGAGUGAUGAUGAACCCCUCCAGAGACUAUUCUUGUUAGUGAGGAGUGAGUUAAACCUGGACCAUAAAAACAUUCGUCAAGAACAAGCUAAGUUUUGGAAGCAGCAUCCGGCUCUUGUAAAGACAGUAUUGUUGGUCCAAGCCCAAUUGAAUCGAGAGUCUGCUGCUCUAUCUCCAGCAUUGCUGGGUGAUUUCAGGCGUGUGCUUGAAUGCUCACCUCGUCUUCUUGAAGAAUUAAUGAAGAUGGCAAUUCUACCCCGCACUUCUCAAGGGUAUGGAUGGUUGAGGCCUGCGAUUGGAGUGGUUGAGCUUUCUCAAAAUUUCACCCAGGCAGUUCCACUCAGUGCAAGGAAAACAGCUGGAGGAUUUAGCGAAGGAAUUGCACCCUUUCUGCAGCUGCCACACUUUAGUGAGGCCAUUGUCAAAAAGAUCACACGUAAGAAAGUGCGUUCUUUUCAAGAGUUUCAAGACUUGACUCUACAGGAGCGUGCUGAGCUGCUGACUCAGGUUGCUGGAUUUUCUGCUGCUGAUUCUCAAGAUGUUGAGAUGGUUCUUGAAAUGAUGCCUUCAAUAACGAUUGGUAUCAAAUGUGAGACAGAGGGUGAAGAGGGAAUACAGGAGGGUGACAUAGUCACGAUGCAUGCUUGGAUCACACUGAGGCGGGGGAAUGGCCUGGUCGGUGCCCUUCCACAUGCUCCUUACUUCCCCUUCCACAAGGAAGAGAAUUUCUGGUUGCUGCUUGCAGAUUCUGUCUCCAAUGAUGUUUGGCUGUCCCAGAGGGUAAGCUUCAUGGAUGAGGGUGCUGCGAUAACAGCUGCAACAAAAGCAAUUCAAGUGUCAAAGGAGGGCUUAGGGUCUAGCUUGAAGGAGAUAAAUGCAGCUGUUAAAGAAGCUGUGGAGAAAGUGAGGAAUGGAUCAAGGUUAGUAAUGGGCAAGUUUCAGGCCCCAGCUGAGGGAAAUUAUAACCUAACUUCUUAUUGCUUGUGUGACUCGUGGAUUGGUUGUGACAAGAAGACAACCUUGAAGGUGAAAGUUUUGAAACAGAGCCGAGCAGGUACAAGGGCAGGUGACUUGGCAGGAGAGGGUCUAACAGUGGAGGAUAAGAUUGAGGACGAAGAGGAUGAAGAAGAAGAAGGCUUUGAUGAUUAUGAGAGUGAGUACAGUGAAGAUGAUGAGGAUGAUAAGGGCACAAAUACAAAUGGGGUCGGGGGCAAUGUCAGUGUCCAUGAAGAACACAGUGGUUCAAGCUCUGAUGGGGAAGAGUGAAAAGUUUCCUUUAUUUUAAUUAAUUUAUUUAUUUUCCCAUUUCAUUCAAAUACAUGGAGCAGGCGAGGUCUAUACAACUGUUCCUUUGUAAUUUCCCAUGCUUGGCUUCCCAAAAUAACAAGAAAACCCUUUACAGUUUCACUUCAAGUAAAUCAAUUUUGCAGGGAUAGUGUAUUUUGAAGGGUUCAACUAGAAAUAGGGUUCAAAGUUGAAUGAUUCUUGAUCCAUUAAACAUGUUGGAAUUCAUUUUUAAUGUACCUCGUUCUAGUUUGGAUGUA